GACUGCCAUCCACAUAACUCUGGAAGAAGAGCUGGCAGUCUCUGCAUCCUAACGACCCUGGACAGAGUGCAGCAUGUCCCAGGCCACCAAGAGGAAGCAUGUGGUGCAGGAGGUGCUGGGGGAGCACAUGGUGCCUUCUGACCAGCAGCAGAUAGUGAAGGUCCUCAGGACUCCCGGGAACAAUCUGCAUGAGGUAGAGACAGCUCAAGGGCAGCGCUUCUUGGUAAGCAUGCCCUCCAAAUACCGCAAGAACAUCUGGAUCAAGAGAGGGGACUUCCUCAUUGUUGACCCUAUUGAAGAGGGAGAAAAGGUGAAAGCUGAGAUCUCUUUUGUUCUCUGCAAGAACCACGUCCGCUCCCUGCAGAAGGAAGGGCACUGGCCUGAGGCCUUCUCUGAGGUAGCUGAGAAGCAGAGCAGUAUGAACAGACAGAGUCAGCCAGAACUCCCUGCUGAGCCACAGCUGUCGGGAGAAGAGUCAGGUUCUGAAGAUGACUCUGACCUCUUUGUCAACACCAACCACAGACAGUAUCAUGAGAGUGAGGAGGAGAGUGAAGAGGAGGAGGAGGCAGCCUGAGCCCCCAGGACCCACUUCUCUACUUGCUCAGGGACUACCCCUUGGCUUUUCUGGGCUUGGACAUUCCCAGGGUGCCCUGCAGAUCUUUUCCUUUGGAUAGAGACAAGGCACGGCCCCUUUCUGAACUGACCUAAAAAAUUAAACCCCUGGUGGGUGAUGACUUACACUGGUGUCUGAGUUGCUCUCUGUGUGGAGGGACACUCAAGGUGAAGGGAAACCUCUUCCAUGGUGGAGGCCUGGUUCAGCUGAGGCAGACUGGGCAGGAAAUGGGGUUUGGCUGGAGUGUGCUGCGUGUCACUUGUUCACAGUUCCUCUCUGGCUCUCGGUGGCUCACCCUGUACUGUGGCCCUUUAACAACAAUCUUGCUGAUUCCCUGCCUACGUUCAGUAGUGAUUCUAAUAGUUAAGGAUGCAGCCUAGGACCUCUGCCUCUAAG